AUGGGCAUUCAAUUGGCUUAUUCCCGCCUCCGGUCGCCUAGAGACGGUCACUUGCCCCCACCAAUCUACGAGAGUGGCUCUUUGCGCCGCUUUCACCUUGGCCGAACAGAUGCGAUUAGAUCCUGCUCCCCGGAGACGUUAAAUUUCACACGCGCGAUGCAAGGGGUAACGGGAAGUCUUGACCAUAAGGUAAAUUCCUCUGUUACCCUGCCUGUACUCACUAAUUACAGCCCCUUUCGUUAUCUACUGCCAUUGUAA